AUGUUAUAUGAACACUUUUUAAAUAAAGAUAAAAUAAAUUAAAUAUAUAAAAGCUAUUGUUCAAUUUUCCAGGUUUAAAAACAAAGUUAGAGCAGGAGAAUGUUAAUUUUAGAUAAGUGGAGGCACAGUAUUUUUGAUAAAAGAAUUAAUUUGAUAUUAACAACUUAUAAUUAAUUGGAAUUAAAAAGAAGAAUCUUAAUAUAAAAAUUAUUUAACCAUUACAUCUGUUUAAGUCUUUUUAAGAUGUCAAUCUAAAUAAACUUUAAAGUUAGAUGUGAAGCUAAACUUAAUCAACAAUUAUAUAUUGUUGGUGAUGCUAAACUUUUAGGCGAAUGGCAUCCAUCAAAGGGCCUUAAAUUAAAUACUUAUUAAGAAAUCUACCCUUGCUGGACAGGAACAUUAAUAGGAGAUUUUGAACCAAGUAUCUUAUUCCAUCAUCAUAAGAUUGUCUCAUAUUGUUUAAAGCAGUCAUUAUAGGGUUGGAUAAUAUAAUUUGGGAAUAAAACGAAAAUAGAGCACUUUAUAUUAAAUACUAAUCUCAAAGUGUCAUAUUUUCAUUUAAUUCACAUGAUGCAUAAUUAAUAAAAAUUAAAUCCUUUUUCGAUAAUCAACAAGAAGAAACUACUGAUUUCUGUAAUAUAUAAUAUUGUUUACAAUAGUUGGUGUUAGAAGAAGGAAAUUUAAAAAAUCAUUUAGUCCUUUAGACUUUGCAUGUCUUAGUUCUGUAAAAUAUGUUAAUAAUUGCAAUUUUAGGAUUCAGAUUCUGACCAUAGCAAUAUUUCUUCUUUAUUUAACUCAAGUGUAAACUCUCAAAACUCUAGUAUUCGUCAAUUAGAUAAUCAUUAAAAUUCAGAAUUUAAUUCCUAAUAUAAGUAUCAAUAUUGA